CCUACUCGUAUAUUUUACCUUAUCCUUUGAUUAAUUUGGUCAGAAGAGCGCUGUACAAAAGAGCAGAUUAAAUGACUCUCGAGAUGGAUAAACCAUUUGUGCCCUUCUCGCAGGAAGAAUUGACUGCAUUAUACCAGCUGCUUUUAAAAGAUGUCCAGAGCAUUACAAGAUACCAGGUGAUAAGGUUACUGGAUAUUCAAAGAACAAUUGACACUGAAACCAAGUUGCCCUCAUCAGUAGAAACCUUAAUGCUUCUUCAGUUGACAGAUUUGAAAGUGCUCUUUGAUAAAUGCAGGGGACAUUCAAGUUUGAGGCAGCUUGUAAACAGUGUCCUGGUAGAGCAUGGGAUGGUUUUGCAAAUACUGGUAAAGUACAAGUCUAGGUUUUUAAAAAGUCCAGACAAGUAUAUAAGAUAUGCUGCCAAUAAUGCUGCACAGUCUGCAUUGAAAUGUCUACCAGCCCAGUCAGUCUUUGCAGGAUUCUUUGAAGCUUUAGAUGCAGCACUGAAAGCAGAAAGUGAAAGUACAGGAUAUGUAUUUGAAUUAUUUCAUCGUUUCCUGUCUGAUUGGAAGAGAGGCCUGGAACUACCCAAGUCAAGUUUAAUAAGAACACUGCCAGCACCCUCAAAGGGAAAUUUUCCACUCUGUCAGAAACAACAUACUCAAGAAUCUGAUGGCAUAAAUAGCAUGUUAGAGAUUGACAUCAACACUGUGUCAAAUUUAUUGACCAUUGUCGAUAAACAUUGGAAUUCUGUUGUACCAAACCUAAUGGAUAAGUGGCAUAGAUGGAAUAACCUCACACAAGAAUCAUUCUUGUCUUUGUGGCUUGCCAUUGUAAAAUUGAGUCUGAAUUCCAAAGUGAAGCAGAUUUUAGGCAGUGGGAUUACUGAACACAAGUGUCUGGUGUUUGUGUAUACAGACCCUGACAUCCUGCUUGAUGCCUUAGCGUGCACUUCCAUGAAACAAAGAUUUAUCAGAAGAAAAAUUAUAGACAUAUACCUCUGCUGUCUAGGUCACCCUGAUGGUUUGGACAAUCAAGCUAGAACUGAGAGUCUGGCCUUGAUGAUUCAGCAGAGGGUAGCUGAAGGUUGGUUAAAGAAAUUACACUUGCCUAAAGGAUUUGCUGGCUUUGGUGGAACCAGUAUUCUUGCUAGUGAAGAAUAUUAUGGCUCCAGUGACAUUUCUCUUCUCAGAUACAUUUGUUUACUGGUGUUGAAAUCUUCUGCAGCAUUGGAAAAAAUAGCAGAAAAGGCGCACAUUAUUGAGCUAGUAGGAAAAUGCCUUGACAGUGUACUCCAAUUUUCAAGUGACACUCUCCAAACAGGAACCACUUUUACAUGGUGUCAACUGUUACAAGAGAUAUUUAUAGAUCAAGAUGACUUAAUGGUGGAAGCCAUGCUCUACUUGUUGGUGGUUUAUUUAAGGUCUCAAGACAGCUCUCCAAACCCUCACUUGAUCCUUUCUUUGUUCCUGUCCACCAUAUCACAUGACCAUACUGUCCUUCUGGACAUGUUAAUAUCACCAGAGACAUGCUUCUUGGUCUAUCUGGUGAAGUAUCUAAAACUAGUUCAACAUGAUUGGAUGGGAUUUCAGUCAAGUCUUGGUAAAGACUCUACCAGCAGUUUAGCAGACAUGCUCUUAAUUAGUAAAGAAAGUGCAAAGUCUGGUAAUUGUAGUUUUUGGACUUCAGAGGAAAGCCACAGUUCUGGUAAAAAAAUAACUAAUAUAGUUGGAAAUGAUGAACUCCAUGAAAAGACAUCAGCAGACAGAUGUAAAACUGUUUCAUCAAAAUCUAAAGAUACAUCACAUAUGGAAUCAAAAUGUGGAUUUACUGCAACAGUAAAUCUUGUUGAUUACUCGGAUAGUGAAAGUGAGCAAGACUACGAGGGUGAAUUGGAAAGAAAUAGCAUGCUUUCAGUGAGAGAAAGUGCACUUGACCAAACAUUAGGUGUGUUUAUCAGACUGAAGAUGUCAUUAGAGAGAAUGUCUGUUCAAAAUCUAAUUCCUUUCAAUGUACAUCCAUUACUAAAACUUAUUUCACAAGUGGAAUGCCUUUAUGAAAGAUAAGAUAAUCACAGUUAUACAGGUAUUUCCACUUAAAUAUUCCUGUUAUAUCAAGCAAUAGUUUGAAAUGAAUUGUGGAAGGUGUAGGGGUGUGCAAAUAAAUAAAAUGAUAUAUUGAAAUAAUAAAAAAAAAAGAAAUGGGAAUAUGAGGUUUAUUUACUGAAAGCAUUUCUUCUGUACUUGUAGAUAUAAAACGUGCAUUUUUCAAUUUCAAAGAUUAAUGGGCACGACAUCGAUGUCAAUAGCAAAGUCAUGAUAGAUCAAGAUGUAUGUUACAUUUUUUGUAAGAUUCUGUGUAUCAAAAUAUGAACAAACCU